GCCAAGUUUUGCACGUGGGUUAUGUGCAUCUUGUUCAUUUUUUUAUAAUACCACUGGUAAUUUCUCCCAGUAUAUCUUAGCAAUAUAGUGACUUAUUAUUAUUUUUCAAGGGUGUAUAAUAUAUUUUAUAAUAACUGGGGUCCCUUGAAAACAAACACAAAAAUGUGGAUUCAAGUGCGAAGUAUGGACGGUCGUAAGUCUGCCCGCGUGGAUGAGCUAUCAAAAUUGACAAAAAUAGAAGAUUUAAGAAAGAAGAUAGAAGACAAAUUUGAUGCGCCUCCUGAACGUCAGCGAUUAUUUUAUCGUGGAAAGCAGCUUGAAGAUGGGCACACAUUAUUUGACUAUGAUGUUGGUCUCAACGACAUUAUUCAGAUCCUUGUCCGUCCCAUCCUUAAUGAACAACCAAUCAGCAGUUUACCAAAAACUCUCAAAGAAGAGGUAGAAGGAAUAAGUAGCAGUGAUGAGAGCACAGGCUCCAACAAAGAAAAUAAACUGGACACUGAACAUCAAGAGAGCAGUGUGGCAACAAGAUCAGCCAACAGACUGGAGCCAAGUCUCAGUAAACACUUUCAGGUUGGUUGUCUUGUGGAUGCCAAAGAUAUUAAUCUUGGAGCUUGGUUUGAAGCAAAGAUUUUAAACAUCUGCAAGGCUGAUAACGUGUGUGAAGUUGAGACAGAUAACAAUGAUGAGAAAGUUAGUAACUCUAACAAGAAGCUUGUAGAAAGAACAGAUAAUGAAACAGAGUGUGUAAAUAACUUGUCAGUAAAAGAAAAGGGUUCUAACCUUGAACAAAAUGGUAGCUCUGAGCAUAAUAGUGGUCUUAAUGCAGUGUAUCAAAGGAAGACUUUGUCAUCAUUAGGAAUAGAAGAUCAAAAUUCCAGUGAUGGUCUUGUGUACGAAGUGAUGUUCGAAGACUAUGAAGAGGAAGAACCGUUCAAGCUCAAACUAAGUGAGAUCCGUCCACGAGCACGAACAAUCAUGAAGUUUGACAAUAUUAAAGUAGGUGAAACAUAUAUGGUCAAUUACAAUAUAGAGGACCCUGAUGAAAGAGGUUAUUGGUAUGACUGUUUAAUAUCAAAGAAGAAAAACACUAGAACUGUUAAAGAGAUUUAUGGAACAAUAUACAUGGGGUCUGAUUUGGCUCCACUAGACAACUGCAAGAUCUUGUUCACAGAUGAAGUGUUCAAAAUUGAGGAGACUAAGGAAAUUGAGUUAAAUAGUGAAAGAAGUGAUACAUCUGCCUCUUUAGAAUCACCAGCCAAAAGGCAAGUCAAACCUGAUUGUUCUCACUGUAAAGACAUUGCAAGUCGCAAGUGUCGUUUCUGUAAUUGCCAUAUUUGUGGAGGUAAAGAUGAACCAGGGAAGCAGAUAAUGUGCGAUGAGUGUGACAUGUCUUAUCACAUAUGGUGCCUUACUCCUCCUCUUCCAGAUAUCCCCGAUAUUGAAGAAUGGUAUUGUCCAGAAUGUAAAAAUGAUGAAACGGAGGUUGUGCGAGCAGGAGAAAAACUGAAAAAAAGUAAAAAGAAAGCUAAAAUGGCCUCUGCUAGUUCAGCCUCUAACCGUGACUGGGGUAAAGGUAUGGCUUGUGUUGGCAGAACCAAAGAAUGUACUCUUGUGCCCCCCAAUCACUUUGGUUCAAUUCCUGGAAUAGAAGUUGGGAUGAUGUGGAAGUUUCGAGUACAGGGCUCAGAAGCUGGAGUCCAUCGGCCACAUGUUGCUGGCAUCCAUGGAAGGGAAAAUGAAGGAUCGUAUUCUAUUGUUCUGGCUGGAGGCUAUGAAGAUGAUGCAGAUAAUGGAGAGGAAUUCUUCUACACAGGCAGUGGGGGUCGUGACCUGUCAGGAAAUAAAAGAACUGCAGAACAGUCCUGUGAUCAAACACUUACAAGAAUGAACAAGGCGUUAGCUUUAAACUGUGCUGCUCCUCUGAAUGCUAAAACAGGUGCUGAAGCCAAGAACUGGAAAGAAGGAAAGCCUGUGCGAGUAGUGCGUAGUUCUAAAGGGAAGAAACACUCGGAAUACUGUCCUGAAGAUGGUAUUCGAUAUGAUGGGCUAUACAAGGUUA